CCGAGUGCGUAACAGCAACCAGCAGCAGUAACAGCACAGGAUCUAGUGCAAGCUAAUUGAAAGCAGCGCCAAUUGAAUUUUGACGUAAUCCAGAGCGCUAUGGCCAUACCAUUUUACGAAGAUGAACCGGAUACGGCGACAGCGGCGGCAGUCAACUUAGAUGCCAGCCAAAUUGCCGACGGUGAUCAGGUGGACGGACCAGCGUAUACAAGCGAUGCUGGCUACGAUCAGGUGGACUACGAGGCGCCACCAGCGGCAGCAACAAGUCACACACAGGCAACAUCCACCGAUAACGAGAUGCCGCCCACAACAGAGGAGCAGCUGCUAGUGUGGAAAAUGCUUGCAUUAGCUAUGUGCAAGGUGCUCAAACAGUUCUAUCUGCAGCAGAAGAAGCAACAGCAGCCAGGCAAAACCACCAAGCUGACGGCCACCGUGCAAAUUCAGCCGCAAGCGCAGUAAAGCGUCACUAAAGAGAACAACAAACGAUGAUAAACGACAUCAACUACGAAUUCAAGGCCCCCGUCAAAACGAGGCCCCUGAUGGCUCCUAAGCGCAACUUGUGAUUACUUUUCGUUGGUGAGAACUAGCGCUCCCUAAGCUGAACGGGGAGAGAGGAUGGAUUGGAGAGAGAUUUAUGUGAACGAUUCGCGAAAAUCACAAAAAUUGAAAGAAAAAA